AAGACAUGGCCUGGCCUACAGCUACGAGUACAGAGGGGUACAUACAGGUCAGGUACUUGCACCAGGCUGUACCCGUAUGCCACUGGGAAGAGGUACCUUAACCUUACUCGAGGCCCGCAUCACGUGAGCCUUCCGGUACAACGGCAGCCCAGCAGCAUGUACCCAUUACGGAGCAUUGAAUUGUACUCCGCGAUAACUGCUCAGCCUUGCAGCUUUUCGUGACGCAGACGCAAACAAGGCAUAUCAACUACCUUUAUUUCCACACUCAAAAAUCAUCCCGCCUCUCUUAUCCAAGUAAACCCUUCCGUUUUCAACGAACAAAGGAUAUAUCUCGAGUCCCCAAAGACCAUGGCUGCGUCAUCGGAGACAAACUCAAGUAAACCGGAUCAGCCCGAGGCUGCUCCCGAGGUUGAUCUCGCUCAGGCCCUCAGAGAACUUGCCAGAGGCGAACAAACCGCCACGGCAAUGGAAGCCAACCUAACCAACCUCGAAAGCAAGCUCGACGCCAUCCUCGCUGCUUUCGACGACAUGGAGCGAGAAAAGGGGGCAAAGAACACGGAAAAGGUCGAUGGAGAGAGUAAAGAGGCUGAAAAGUAAAGGGUUGUAUAUAUAUCCUUUGUGUGUUUUUCUUCGUUUCUUUUUUAAGCGGGAUUAAGACGUUGGUUGAAUUCAUAAUGGCACUCAACAUCCUCAUGUAUACGAAACAACCUGUAUAAUUAGUAGUCAUAACUAGACGCCCCAAAGAGUUACAUGUCCAACG